AUGGCUGCGCCGUUGAGUUUAAGUGCUUAUCUGUACACUGCACUGACGAUGGCGGCGUUCGAGGAUAUGGGCUUCUUCCGGGCGAAUUGGGGGAUGGAGGAGCCGAUGGGCUGGGGCAGUAACGCCGGCUGCGACCUGCUUCAAGAGAAGUGUAUAACAAACGGCACUACGAAAUACCCAGGCAUGUUCUGCACCGAGGAGAGUUUUAAGUGUACAUCGGACCGCACGAGUCUUGGUGAUUGCUCACUUGACGAAUACGACACCGCCCUUCCAGAAUGGUUUCAGUACUUCUCUGACCCUAAAAUUGGUGCAUAUCCUCAUUCUCUCACGGACUACUGCACCGUUGUGGAGCCAAUAUUCCGCUCGUGUGCCAAUACAGAAGAACAGCCGAUGACCGGAAACGUCGUAAGCAGUGACUCGUGGUGCCUGGACGGUAACGAGCUUACUGUGAAUACGCCGUUGGGUGCAUCCCAGACAGGUGGUGUCUGUGCGGCUGUGUCGUGUGCCGACGGUGCUGUGAAGGUGCGGUAUGCUGGCGACGCCAACUGGCACGACUGCCCCGAGGGUCGCUCUCUCACGCCAUCAGAAACGUCUUUGACCUUCGCGAGCGGCAGCAUCAAGUGCCCCAAGUACACUGAGGUGUGCACCAUCGCUGCCAACGGAAGCAGCCGCAUCACCAUCAAGGCUAAUGCUGACAGCACCGUGGCAUCUUAUACUGUCAUGCCGCUGGUCUGGCUCUCCCUUGUGGCUUCAAUGGUGGCUGCUCUGUGA